CAGUUCCUAAUACCUCAGGGAACGAAGGAUGGGAUCAUUCCACAACAGGAUUUGAAAGUGAUCAACUCUCUAGCCCAGCCAUCCAGAGCAGCUAAGUCUCUGUGGCUGUCAGCUUAACUCUGCCGCUGGUUCCUGUGGGGUAGAGGAGUUAAAUAGGACACAGGCUCAGAGACAGCCAGCCUGUUUGCUGGAAAUCAGGGAAAGAGAAGAAGGUGGAAUUUGGUCAGAGCACCCAAGCAGGGGACAGGGAACAUCUCCAGAUUAGCCAGGCUGUUGUUCAGUCCUACAAGAACGUGUGCCAGCCUGGCUGGCAGGCACAAGACACCGUGGGGAAAACAACAACCAUCAUGUUGUCUCUGAGUGGAGGCUUCUGGUGGAGGAACAGGCUUUCUCUGAGAUGGAGAGAAACUAGCUGGCUUGCCUGCUGGCUUUCAUUCUGUGCAGCGGAGUCCCUUGUUACUUGCCCCUACUCUUGCAAGUGCAACAGUGAUACUCUGGAGGUAGACUGUAGUGGAUUGGGCCUUUCGUCUAUCCCCUUUGACAUUCCUACAAAUACCAGGACCUUCCUUUUCCUCAACAACCAAUUAAGCAGUUUACCAGGACAAGCUUUUUCCAAUCUCUCUGCCCUCCAGAGACUGGAUCUUUCCAACAACUUCUUAGAUCAGCUUCCGGAAAAUAUUUUCAGAGACCUGGUAAAUCUCACUGAACUACAGCUGAGGAACAAUAGCAUCAGGAGUUUGGACAAGGAUCUUCUGCAGAACACUGUUCUUUUGUGUCAGCUGGAUCUGUCCAUCAAUGGGCUUGCUCAGAUCCCCUCAGGCAUCUUUGAUGACCUCUCCUCCCUCCGAUGGCUCUCUCUCAGGUCAAAUCGCCUGCAGAGUUUGGACAGGGUAACGUUUGAGCCCUUAGUCAGUCUGCAGCAAUUGCAAGUGGGAGACAACCCCUGGGAAUGUGACUGCAACCUGAGAGAUUUCAAAUACUGGAUGGAAUGGUUCUCUUACAGAGGAGGAAAGUUAGACCAGCUGGCAUGUACCCUGCCUAAGGAGCUGCGGGGCAAGGAUAUGCGCAUGGUGCCCAUGGAGAUGUUUAACUACUGCUCCCAGCUGGAAGAUGAAAACAGCUCUACAGUAUUGGACAACAUUGGCCCUCCUUGCAAUAAGGGAAGCCCAGCUGCUCCUAAGCCCAAAACAAGUCCUGAAACAGAAGAGGAGCCCAGUGUAGUUUGCCCCCAGAAGCAAAAAUACCGGCCUGUCAGUGUGCGCCGGGCUAUUGGCACAGUCAUCAUAGCAGGGGUGGUUUGUGGCAUUGUCUGUAUCAUGAUGGUAGUGGCAGCCGCUUAUGGCUGUAUCUAUGCAUCUCUCAUGGCUAAGUACCAUCGGGAGCUGAAAAAAAGGCAGCCGUUAAUGGGUGAUACAGAAGGCGAACAUGAAGAACAAAAGCAAAUCUCCUCUGUUGCAUGAAUUGCCCGAGAAAUUAGUGGCAGAAGAGGACAGGAUACAACAGAUGCCUAUGGCCUGGGACUUUUCACAUCUUCUCAGACAUAACAGAUGGUCUUCUCUGCUAUUUUGUUCGUCCUAGAAGUGAAAUGUGCUUUUGGGUCCAAGACACCUGGCUGUGGACCCAAUUCAUUUCACUUACCUCUGCCCUCAUGUAAUUCCGAGUCAAUAAACUGUAGUCUGACCUCAAGUGCUCAUCCUUUUUCCUCUUUGCACAAGAUGCCCCACUGAUCGUCUUAUCUGGGGAAGCUCAGGCAACCAGACAUCCUUCCAUCUCUGCUUCACACCUUUCCAAGUCUCCACAGCAUUGCAAUACCUUUUACAAACAAUAUAAGCAGCCAAAAGCACCAACCCUUCUAAAAUAUUGAAAUUCACAGGUUACUGCCAAGGGGUUCACAGAUAACUGUUGUUAUAGCUGUUGAGUCGCUUCCAACUUAUGGCAACCAUGCUAGGGAUUUUGAGGUAUGUAAGGUAUCCAAGAAAUGGUUUAUCCUUGCUACCCCCGGUGAGUUUCCAUCGCCAAGAGGAAAAUUAAACCUAUAUCUCCUGCAUCCCAGUCUGACACUGUAGCCACUACAUCACACUGGCUUUCACAAAUAACUACUACACUGAAGUAUAAUGCCCUUCAUCAGAUGGAUUAGAUAGGAUAGUUCAUGACCACUCCAGAACUAAUGUAAAGUUCUUAACUGAGUGCUCUGUAGCUACAGGGAAUUUAAUUCUCUUGCACUAGAAAAGAAUGAACAUCCUUUAAUUUAAAAAGCAGCCUUGCUGUACACUUCCUCUGGCACCCUAGUUUAAAUAAUAGAGUUUGGACAAAUAAAUGCUUUUUCACAGGCUGAUCACCCCUAUGUGUAUACCAGCAUUUCCAUAGGAACUAUUCCAUUGCGUACCAUUACUGUUAGAAGAAACCUUAAAAAAAUGUGCCAGCAGUAUCACCUGAUAUAGAUAAUUUAUGAUCCAUGUAAUGAAGGGCAUUAAAAAGUAUUUGAAAUGAAAGAAAAGAUAAAGACAAGGAAACGUGAAUCACUGUUACUAAAAGGACACUUACUUUAGGAAGGCUAAUGUGUAUAAUCUGAAAGGGAAAAUGUUUUUCUUCCUGAGAUAUUAGAAAAUUAAUCUGAAAGGGCCCUUCAGUUUUUGUAGCAGAAGUGGUCUUAAGGAUUUAAGAGAAGGGCAGCCUUUCUGAUCUACUCAGAAAUAGUACGUUGGCGAGGAGCAUGAAAGUGGUUAUGAGGAAAUAGCAUACAUAGGAAGACAUGACAGGAAUCAUUUGUGUAAUCAUGUGGCUGAUCCCAUGUAUUAGGGUAAAUAAUUUGGAGCUAUGCCUGAAACAUCAAUGCACUUCUGUGUAAAAUACAGGAGAAAGUAGAUGUAGCUCACAGAUUGGAAAAUGUUCCUCAUAAAUACAUCUUGUUGUUAGGGACAUGUAUGUAGAAGCAACACUUGCACAUUUCUAUAAUGAGGACCUACUUAAGAGUCUUACUGAGAAUAUGAGUAGUAUCACUAAUAUUUUGAGAAGCAUCCAUGCAUAUAAUACUGCAUGCACACAGACACAGAAAGGCAUAUCUGAACACAUGAAUGCAUGUGCACACUAAUAAACUGACCUUAUGGAUCCUUAUUUUGAGCAUCUUUCACAUAUCAGCCUCUUCUCAAAUAAUGGCAGAGACUGGGCAGAGGCAGAACCAGCAUAAGGACUCAUUUUACAUCACAGAAAGUGGAAUAAAGUGCUAUCUCCAGGGAAGAGUACAUAUUGCCAUGGUAACCUGCUCUAGACCAUCACAGCGGGCAUUCCUGGGAUAGGAAGAUGACACGAGAGGUCGUGCAGCCACAGCUUUUGUGGAUACUAUGAUCUUUACAGUCAUGAAACAACUUGGCAGCUGGCCCAGAUUCUAAUAAAUCUCUCCAGCAACUCAGGAGCAGAGCCCAGCAAGCACCUCAGCUGGGCAGGAACAAGAACAUCGGAGUUCUUCCUUCAUUUGUUGCAUUCUUAUGCCUUUAGAUGAUCUACAUUUCUUUCUCUAGCUGCUCCUGAUGGCUUUGAAAGGGAUCAGUGUUCACUGUCUUUUAAUUUAAUUCACGCCCUCCGAAAUCCCCUAUCAGAAAACAAGAACACUGUGAAGGCCUUGAGAUUCCUUCUCAGGCAGCAGCAAUUCCACCUUCUUCUAUACUGUUAGUAAAUAACUAUCGGAUCCAAAAAGACAGAAUGUGCUUCUUGUAGAAAUGUUGUGGCAGAAAAAGAAGAGCCACCAUGGAACACAGCAAAGUCACUGUGGGAAACUAACUGGAGUAUCUCACUUUAUGUACCAUGUAUGUACUGUAGUUCCUCCAAGCAUCCAGCUCCAUUUCUGCUUUAUCCAAGGCUGAUGAGCAAAACUAGGCUAAGAAAAGACUCUAGCCAGUGUGUGUACGUCUGUAUUGCUCCUACUUAUAUACAAAGCAAAACAGCACUAGCAUUCUGCCUGCUGGAUAUACAACUCCAACUUUACUCUCUCUAUAAUCUUCCCAAAGGAACGUACCUCUGUAAUAACUGGACAGCACAAUCAUACUUGAAAGGAUGUCAGAGCUGUAUAUUUAUAGAUCUCUAUUUUACUGGUAAGAAAUUAUAGUGACAUCGUUGCACAGAAGCAAUGAUGAGCGCAUGUGUGUUUAGGGGAUGAGAAAAACUGGGGAAUGAAAAUCUGCAAGAGGAGAAGAAAUGGGAAAAAAAUCCCCAUUCCUCUUCCCAUCUCCUAUUUACACCUUGACAGUUUUCCCUUUGUUGCCAAUAUGAUGUUGUUUUCCAUGUUGUGAGUUCAAUUACACCUUUAGAUUUUUUUAAAAUUUUCAUUGAUAUGAUAUAGGAUUGGCCCUGAUACUUCCAGGUUUAAAAAUCAACAUUUGAAAGGGGGAAGUAAGUGAAGGGACAACAUAGCUGUUGAGCAAAGUAAAGGAUAAUUAAUGGAUAUGGGUUGGUCUUAAAGACACUGGAGCACUUAUAGAGUACAAUGGGUAAUGGAGAAGCCGUGAAGUGAUUUUAAAAUGCAAUAAACCAAUCUGGGAAAUGUCCUUUUUUAACCUGUUGAGAAACUGUGCCUUCAGCUGGUAUUGGAAUGUCUAAUUUGACACUCUUGAACUUGGGCCCCACAGAACAUGUGUUUACAUUUCUUGCAUCUCUUCUUUCUCCUAUCAUAUAAAACUGACCAGGAUCAACAUGCUGAGAAUACAGGGAACUAAAACAUCCUUAUUCUUGUAUUGCUGUUACUAGCAUGCAUUCUAUUUGUGAGCAGUGCAGGGAAACAAUAGCAAAAAUUGGUUUUACCAGAUUCUGUAUGAAAGAAGGUUCUCUUGUUGGGAACAUAAAUAUUUCACCACUGGAGUGUUUCAACAGAACCAGUAUAAUCCUGCUAGAAGGAAUGUCUGUAAUAAAGUACCUAUAAUCAAAAUACUGACAGAAGUGCAUGGGUAUGUAGCAUAUAUUAGAGAUAUUUCCAGGAGUUCAUUCAUACAAUGACACUGCUGUUAGGAUUUGUAUAUACAAGCCCAUAGAGUCUUUUCACAAGUAAAAGGAUGCACAUUUCUCAUGCAAAAUAGCCUUACUAACUUCAAAUAGAAGUCCUGAUUAUCUGAGCAUUAAUUCUAUUAAUUCUACUAAUUCACUUAAAAGUUGUUCUCUAUAUGGGUGAACAGACUUGGUUUCAAAUAAAGAUCCUCAAAAACAGAUGUAAAUAGAAAACCUCUAGAAAUGAAAAAAAC